AAAAAAAUCCUGCGCGCAUAUAAAAAAGUUUUCAUCGCUUAAUUACUGCUCUCUUUUUUUUAUUCUUUAUACAACAACAACAAAAAAAUGAUUGGUAUCUGCUGUCUUAUUCUUAUCAUCGUGCUUCUCCCUCCUCUUGGUGUCUUCUUCAUGAGAGGUUGUGGUGCUGAUUUCUGGAUCAACGUUUGUUUGACCAUCUUGGGUUAUCUUCCUGGUCAUAUCCAUGCUUUCUAUCUUCUUGUUAAGGAAAGAGACUCAGGUCGAUUCAGAGAACAAGCUUAUGUGACAAACCAAGGUCAAUAUGGCGCUGUUCCUCCUCAAUAAUUAUUCUUGUACCAUUCAAAUAAAAUAAUUUACUAUAUAAUGUUACUUUUUUCCAAGCUUACGAUAAACACGUCUUGGUAUUUGAGAUCAUUGUGUAGUAGAGAAAGACGUCAUGUUACAAAAAAAAAGAAUGAUGGCACGAAAUCCUAACGUCAUAAUCACAAGCUUUUUUUUUUUUUUUU